ACACGUCGGGCGGGGCGGGGGCGAUGCUGCUGCUGCUCCGCUGGCGGCGGCGGCAGCGGCUGCGCUGGCGCUGGGCAGGGGCGCACGGGCAGCACAGGAGGAGGCGGCGACGGGGGCAGAGCACGAGCAGCGGCGGAGGAAGGGGGGCGGCCGCUUCCUCCUCCCCCCCUCCUGCUCGUCCAGCCAGCGGCGCCUGCCUGGCCCUGGGGGAAGCCGGCUUCUCCUCCUCGGAGCACCUGAAGGAAUUGCUGGGCAUCCGCCUUCCUGCUCCUCCUCUGCUCCUCCUCACCCUCUCUGAGGAGGGAGGGAGCGGACCCUGCCGGAAAGGGCCACCUGCGUUUCAUGCUCCGUUACCCGGCCAGGGUCUUAGCUUUGGUCUCCUCCAGCCCCUUCCUGCUCCAGCCAAGCCAACGCGAGGAGGAAGGCGGGAACCAGGACUUGGCCAUGAGUCGGUACAGCUUCUCCAACCUCCUGGACUGGCUGUACGGCGGCGUGGACCCCAGCUUUGCAGGCAACGGGGGCCCCGAGUGUGCAGCCUUUCUCCCCUGGCAGCAGCGCCUGACGGAGAGCCUGGUCUUCCUCUGUGUGGGGGUCGUGGAGGUGGCGGUGUCCCUGCAGAAGAUCCGGCGCUGCCAUGCCAAGGAGGUGGGGGACCUCUUGGCCCACUCUCGGCACAAGGAGGAGAGCCUGGGGAAGAACCUGCUGCUGGUGUCGCUCUGCCUCACUUUUGGACUGGAAGUGGGAUUCAAGUUUGCUUCCAGGACUGUCAUCUACUUGCUGAAUCCCUGCCAUGUGGUCACCGUGAUGCAGAUUUUUCUCCUUGCCUGUCCACCUUGCCAUCUUGCAUUGAUUCUCUUCAGGUUGCAGAUGCACAUGCUGAAUGGGGCGCUCCUGGCCUUGCUGUUUCCUGUGGUUAACACGCGAUUGCUGCCGUUUGAACUGGAGGUUUACUAUAUCCAACAUGUGAUGCUAUACAUCGUCCCCAUCUAUUUGCUACGGAAAGGAGGGGUCUACACUCCUGAGCCAUCCUGCAAUUUCUGGUGGGCCCUGCUAUCCACGGGGCUGAUGUUUGUCUAUCACUAUACUAUUCUACAAAUUCUGGGACUGGUCACGGAAGUGAAUCUGAACAACAUGCUGUGUCCUGCCAUUUCUGAUCCUUUCUACGGCCCCUGGUAUAGGCUCUGGGCCUCUGGGCAUCAGACAAUCAUGACGAUGAUUCACGGGAAACUCAUUACCGUCGUCUUCUACGGUGCCAUCCCUGUCUUCAGGUUCUGGGUGGAUUUGCUACCGCUCCCUGCUAAGAAAAUAUACUAAGGCUUCUCGGUGGAGGGAAGCAUUUGUAGGAAGGAGAAAGGGGUUGGUGGCUGUGCUGGGGGAGAAAGGGAUGAGAACGGUACCAUGUCUUAGCAGUUCCUUUGGUUACAAGCCCCGGGGCCUGCCCCGUCUCCUGUGUCUCACUGCCCAUAGCCAAUGGCGAACCUUGUGGCCUUAAUCCACCAAGAGGGGGAUGUUCACUUGCUGUACGUUCUGUGCGCUCGAGAGCAGAAUCUUGCUGCUUUGUACCUUUUCGAGCUUCAGAGUUUCGGGGUCUCCCCACAUUUUGGCACAUCAUUGCGGGAGAAUUGUCUCCUUGUCAUGACUGUUUUUACAAGGUUGCUAUACUUUAUACUGGUAGAAUUUAAAGAAAUAAAGCAAAUUGAAUAGACUGAAGUCUGUUCUGCAUUGUGGGUAAGGGUGUGCAGAACGGGUUCAAAUCAAACUCGAACCGGCCUUAAAAAAAGGUGGCCGGUGCGAGUUGAAACCAAACCGGGUCCGGUCUGUUACGGACCAGUUUGGUGGGCUAUGCUUGUAAAGGGGAAUCCGGUGAGGAUUCCCCUCUACAAGCAAUGGGGAAUCCUGCCUUUAAAAGGCUUCUAAUGGCAGCCGGGUGUGUGUGAUGAGAGGGCACCUUGCUGGGGCUGGCAGCUCCUCUAAAUGCCAGCACUCCCCUUAGCAGUGUGGCCCGCAUGGCAGUGGUACAGUUCCGGCCUCUGCACAUGCACGCAAGUCACUCAAAUGGCCUCCGUGCAUGUGCCAAGGCUGGAACUGCCAUGCUGCCGGGGAGAGUGCCGUGGUUUCGAGGAGCCGCCAGAGGUCAGGUGCCCUCCCACUCCCCCGGGCCACCCUUAGAAGCCUUUUAAAGGCAGGAUGGCCCUUUGCUUGUAAAGGGGAAUCCUCACCGGAUUCCCCUUGGCAAGUAUAGCCCCUUGAACCAGAUUGAAUGGAUUUGAGCAAAUGGGUUUGUGGAUUCGAACCGAAUUCGAACCAAAUUGCCAAAAAGGUCCCUUGCACACCCCUAAUUUUGUGCAUUGCUCGCCGUCUUUAGCUAGACUGUUUUCAUACUGCCCAUUGUGAUUAAUGGACUCGUUGGGCAUCUUCUAAUUAUCAGUGCACAUGAGCAUGGUUCUGCUCUGUUUUUGCUGGUUAAAACAAUGGGGAACAAUAAGAACAAUGUACUUGCUUACAGUUGACUUCCUAAGCCUCUCUGGAUCCCCCCCCCCGCCAUCUCUGGAUUCAGUCCGGGAUUGCUCGUUAAUUUGAUUGGUGAAAAAGGUGACAAUGAAAUAAGGAUGUAACCAGGUAAGCGGCGAAUUAUGACAUGCAAAACCCCUCCUGCAAGCGGCAACUUGAUAGGAAUAGUUGUCAGUUUGGGCUGGUCUGAAUUCUAGCCCUCUCCAAACAGAAGCGUAUUUCAAAUGAAGAAGGCCUCCCAGCUGUGGGGUCUAGUCAGCAUUCCUAACUGCUCCCAUGAGUUGCUGGUUCUUGGUUCCACUGGGUGACCAGAGGGGUAGACAUGGGAAACCUGAGCAGUGGGGAGGACUCAAAAGGAGUGAAAUCUCGAUUCCCUUCCGACGUGGACCAUGGUCACAUGGUUUCAGGGCAUGACUGCAGUGACUCUGCAAUUCUCCCUGCCCCUGUAUUCCUUGGGUUUCUAUUGCCUUAGGUGUGAAAGUGCAACCAUUGCCAUGCUUUCUCCAGGCGAAUUGCGCAAAGCAAAUGUGCUGUCCGUCCUGCAACCAUUGGACACCUUGAGAAGAAGGUCUUGCUUUGAUGGUCAGCAUUUACAUCCAGCAAGGGAAGGUAGGGUUGUUUAGGCAAGGGGCAGCAUAGGGGGCAUUUCUGCGUCCUUCGUUCUAGUUGACCAAACCUGAAUCGAAUUGGCAUCUGUGGGGAGGACAGCUGGUCUUGUGGUAGCGAGCAUGACUUGUCCCCUUUGCUAAGCAGGGUCUGCUCUGGUUUGCAUUUGAAUGGGAAACUACAUGUGAGCACUGUAGGAUAUUCCACUUAGGGGAUGGAGCCGCUCUGGGAAGAGCAGAAGGUUCCAAGUUCCCUCCCUGGCAGCAUCUCCAGGAUAGGGCAGAGAGACUCCUGCCUGCAACCUUGGAGAAGCCGCUGCCCGUCUGGGUAGACAAUACUGAGCUAGAUGGACCAAGGGUCCGACUCAGUAUAUGGCAGCUUCCUAUGUAGGGUGCUUUGCUACCUUGUGUGUAAGUUUUGCCCUUGGCAGAGCAUAAUCAGCAGGAGAAGCCCUUGUUGACAUCCCAACUUUCUGUACAGCAGAGCUUCUCAAAUGUGGGUCCCCAGAUGUUGUUAAACGUCCAGCUCCCUUUGACUAUUGUGGCUGGGGAUGAUGGGAGUUGGAGUCCAGCAACAUCUGGCAACUCAGCUGGUACAUAGCUGGUCUGUGGUCUGGAGAAUCUGCUCUCGCAAAUAUGUCUACCGUAUUUACCUGAAUUGAAGAUGACUCUGAAUUUAAGAUGGCCCCCUUUAAAUGAUAACCCCGGUUUCUAACAUCAAAAGAAAAAACCUAGUCUGGGAUUAAGGUAAAUACAGUACAGGUAGCCCUCAUUACCCACGGUUUCAAGAACCGCGGUUUCGCAUGGCUGGAGAUGGGUCUUAAGAGACCUGGUUUCCUUAUCCACAGCAUAAAAAUAAAUAAAAUUCUGUGAUUUUUUUUUAAUUUUUGAAAAUCAGGAAUUGGGGGUUGGGGCGGGCAUUUCUGGAGAGUUGCAGACCUGGAGAGCAAGGUACAGUACUUUUAUCCUUUUUUUCUGCCUCCUCCUUGCCUUUUGGCCUUUUUUUUUUUUUUUAGGUGUAAGAAUCUAACCCCUGGAUUCCCAUAGGGGUGAGGUUUUGUUGUUCACAGUUUCUAUAUUCGCACCUAUAGGUGAGAACGGAAUGGCUGGGAAUACCAAGGGCCACCUAUAUGUGCUCAAAAAGAGGUGUACAAAUGACAAACAUUUCUAGCUAAAUAGCAUGGCUGUAAUCUCUUAUCCAAUGUGGUAGGAGGAAUAGUUUUCUGAGGCGGUGUACAGUAAUUCAGGAUUAACCCUGAAGUAUGAAUGUUUUGACUCUUUUUAGAUAGUGACUACUCUUUUAGAAUUAGCUCGAGUAGUUUGGCCAUCUUGCUCAUCCACAGCGGCCGAAUCUUCCUUCCUUUUGCAAAUGAUGGUAACCGUUGGGGCUUCCUUCCUGCCUCCAUCGGCAGGGGCUUGGAACUCUCUUGCAAAGUGGCUUGUUACUCCUGAAAGUGCCAUGUUCUUCUGCUACGACUACGCAUAUUAACAUACCACUUUUCAACCCAAGCUUGCAAAGUGGUUUACACAGAAAAAUAAAGACAAAUAAAAUAGUCCUGCCUGCCGAUGCAGUCUCUGGGGCACUCGGCACAAAGCAUCAGCUAGUUCUGUUUUUUGAGAAUGAGAUGGCUGAGGAAUUUCAGACGGAUUGCUCAGGCAGGCCUGUGUUUCCCCACUUCUGAAGUGGGUAGUUUAAUUAAAAACAAAACACCACAGCUUUGAUGGAUUUAAAAGCACAUGGCGUCUUAUCCAAUCUAGAUGAGUUUUAAUAGACCUGAAUAACCCCUGUUCUAUGUUCCAUAACCAACCAUGAAUGGAUAAUUAAGCUGAGUUCAUGCAUUUUUAAGCUGGGUUCAAUUUAAGACAUUUAAACUUAAAUCGCAUUUCCGCUGGGUCCAUGCACCUUUUUGGGGUGCGUUUUGCUGUAAUGUCCUUCAAAGCUCUGCGGCCUAUUCCUGUGUACAAUUGUGGAUGUUGGUGCCUGAACUGUAUCUUUCAUUCAUUUGUAUUAUGUAAACUAAUAUUACGAUUUGAGUCGAUAUAGAAUAAGUGUUUCAAGGUGAUCCUAGUCAAUCAGCUACUAAGUCUGGUUUUACUAGCCAUAGAAAUACCCAGGAAAUUGGCAAAAUUCUUCAUCAUUCCACUAAGAUAAGAACAUAAGAACAGCCCUGCUGGACCAGGCCCAAGGAGGUCCAUCUAGUCCAGCAUCCUGUUUCACACAGUGGACCACCAGAUGCUGCUGGAAGCCACAGGCAGGAGUUGAGGGCACACCCUCCCUCCUGCUGUUGAAACUGGUACUCAGAGGCUUCCUGCCUUUGGGGCUAGAGGUGGCCUACAGCCCUCCGACUAGUAGCCGUUGAUAGACCUCUCCUCCAUGAAGUUAUCCAAACCCCUCUUCAAGCCAUCCAGGUUGUUGGCUGUCACCACAUCUUGUGGCAGAGAAUUCCACAAGAUCUCUUCCCUGCUGAAGCCUCUUCCCAGUACAACUUGGGUUGGCUUCCCAAGUAAGUGUUCUGUAGCCCAUUUUGGUCUCUUGAUGCCGCAAAGAUCCCCCGUCUUUGCUUGAGCAAGGUUCUUGGGCCCUCCAGCUGUUUUUGGACUAUCGUCCCCAUAAUCCCCAGCCACAGUAAGCCAGUAGUCAAGGAUGAUGGGAGCUGUAGUCCAACACCUGCAGAGGCGGUGGGGGGGGGGAGUUGUGCAGCCCUGCUCUAGGGAGAACUCAACUAAUCCCUCUAUGCCAACGGGGCAGACGCAGCCCCUGUCUUAAGUGGUCUUAAGGAAUGCCUCCUUUGUUUAGAGAGGGGCUUCCCUUCUGAAAGUACAACACAAAAUGUUUGGCAACAAGGUUGCCUAUCCAGAUGGGAUGCCUUUCAAUGAGCUGGUGGUGCGCAGUGGUGGUUGCAAGGCCAAAUGUACUUUUUGUGUGCUCCUUUGUAAUGAGCUUCAGCUCAAAUGAAAAAUCCAUUCCAAGGAGCGGAGCUGGCAGAAAGCGAAGGAAAUGGGUCCACUUUGACCCCAAAGGUGCUGUUCUCCAAAGGGUCUCCGAGUAGCACGGGACCCACUUGACCUACACAGCAGGCUCCGUGGGAACCCAGUCUGUGCCAUGCUCUCUUGUAUUAAAUAGCUCCUAUGUGUAAUCCCCCAAACUAGAUCUAAUCCUGCUCCUAUCCAUGGUCUUAGCAUAACUCCCUAGGGCUUUUGGGUAGGGGGCCUGUUCAGCAGAUACUGCCUUUUGUAAAACCAGAGGUAGGAGGCUGGGGGUGGGUGGGUUUAUUCGUGCACUUUAACGUCUUAGUACCUCAGUGUAGCUGUUACUCUCCUCCUGUAGCCUCCAUCAGGGUUUUGAUAUUAUCUCUAUUUUAUAAUUCAGUGUUUUAUACAGCCUACCUGUGUUCCUCUUGAAGCACCAUCUCUUUGCAAUGUAUUACGCACUUGACUUGGUGUGCCAGUGCUCUGUAUGACACAUGCCAGUUUCCUGGAUGUCUGUGAUUACCUGUGUGGUGGGGAUGAGGUGAAGCUUAAAUUACAUAGUGCCAUUUCUAAUUUCUGCAGUAACUGUAUUGGUAGACUUGCUUUCUCUCGCCCCCCCCCCCCAAAGCAGGAGAUUGAGGACAUGUUCUAAUGGUGCUCUCCGAGAACUUGCAAGUUUCUGGGGGUUGCUACGAUCUCUCUGCUAAACACAGGCCAGAAUCGGAUCAGGUAAAACCUGUAUUUUUGGGACUCCUUAGAAAUGGGAGUGGAGAAGGAAUGAGGCUGGUGUUGAUCAUUGUAAUUCCCUUAACGUCGCUGCUACUUUAGUCUUUAAACCAUUGCAAAUUGUUUGCUUACCAUUUGAUGGAAGCCACGCACUUAUGUUUAUAUCCUUCAGGGUCAACCUGUAUCCCUGUGUUUAUCCUCCUGCAUUUUUUCUCAGUGCCAGUUCUUUCAGUGAAGACUGAUGGGGCUGGGAGUGGGUUUGCCCACCUCCAAAGCUGGCAGCUCUUCUCUUCUCUCCUUCCAGGCACUGGCCACACAGCUCUGUUUGCUGUCACUUGUGUUCUAAACUUUGUAAACUUCUUAACGUAGUAAAAACUUGAUUUGUUGAGUGACUUCUUAAAAAAACCAAAAUUGGUUCUUGGCAUUUUUUGUAUGCUUGUCCUUGAAUGUCUUUCAUCUCUGCAUAAAAUUGUUCUUUAGGCAACUAGAUUAAUUUAAAACGAAUAAAUAUGCUAAUGCAUGUAA